CAUGCUUCUUCAAAUAAAGAAGCUUCCCACGCCUGAGGACGGGGGCAAGCUUCCUUGAAGAAGCGCUCGCACUAAUCAUUUGGUUCCUAGACGUUUAGACAAAGUAUGCAUUCUACUUGGGUGACUUGCGCAAUCAUCUAGAGUGGGCCAAAGUGUUACCUGUAGUCUUGGCAUUUUAUCUAAUUAGCAGGAAAGACAUCCUCUUGCGAGCUCCAAAAUACUGUCUACAGACUCUACAGACACAGUUAGACACACAUACACUUGUGUGUUCAUCUAUCAUUCAGACUUGUUGCUCGCAUUCACAGAUUGGCUGCCCUUGACGUGUUAGAAGCACAGUUGGAAUUCUGUUUGCCAGAUGAAGCCCUAUUUGAUUCGAGUUGUCAACAGGCUUUGCCACAAGCCACAAGUAUCCAAUUUGGUGGCCUCAGCCAUUUGUGCUCCAGCAACCCAAGCCAGCGCUUUGUCAUUCAAUAUGGUCAAGCAAGGCAGUUGCGCCAAGACUCUGGAUGCAUUGGGCAUUGAGCCGCCGAACCGGAAGCUCUUGUCGGCCGCGCUGCGGAAGGCCGCAGAGAACACGGCGAACGUCCAGUUCGUGGAGGUGCGCUCUGAGAUGAUGAUCAAACGAGAACAUGCUGCGAGCCAGGGUCGUCAGCGGUGAGGCAGGCGAUUGCCACUGGAGGAUUUCAGCCGAAGCGGAAGUGACGACCAUACCACUGGUCACUGGAGGUGUUAGCUAUGGCCGUCAGGAUCCCGGCAGAGACUCUUCGUGAGACCUUCGCGACUAUUACUUCUUUCCUCCAACCGAUCUAGCGCCCAGCGUGUCGUAGAAUGUCGUAGAUACAAUCAAAACAGCAUUCCAUUCAGGAGAAGCAAUAUCGGUA